AUGUCCUACCCAUACUCAAAGCCUUUCCACAGGCGCGAAAAUACUCGCCUCCCGUCUCUGGUCGCUUCUUUUCGAAUGGCAGUGCUGCGAUUGUCUAUUACGGUGACUUGGAAUCAAGACGCCUGGGCUGGGUAG